GCGUGCUUGUUCUUGCGUCCCGCUGUCGCGGCCUGUAUGGGCAACGGGGACAUCCGGGCUACCGAGCCUGCGAUAAGCUGCGACAGCAAUAACGUACUACGCGAAGAGGAAGCGGAUAGCGGCCAUAAUCCGGUAUUGGGAGAACGCGAGCGAAGGAAGAAGGAUCGGGUCGUGUCGUUACAGCACCCACAAUCAGCUGACGGUGCGAAUUUGGGUCUGGUUGGACGGUGGUACCAUGAAACGUUAGCACAUCGCCGCACCAUCAUCCGGCUGCAUGGUGCUGUCUCGCGGGUGGCGAAUGUAUUGCGCACCAACUUUUCCCGCCAACAGGACGCAACGCGGCGGACACGACCACUGGCAAGGAUUUCACGACGACGGUGGCUUCAAACGACACGGGAUAGUGAGACAGCGCUGCUGAAAAGUUGCUGGCCAGUACCGCAAACCGAACGACUCUUUUUGUACACCUUUCCGAUCGACGAGCAUCGGUCGGAGCGAUACGUUUGCCGUACGCAUCUAGCCGAUGGUGCGUUCGGGCGGGUGUAUCGCGUACUGGAGGACGGUACACAGCAGUAUGGUGAUGGGAAGCGUGCCAAUCAGCAGCAUUGGUACGCUUUGAAGGUGUUGCAAAAGUCCACCAUCGUUCGGUCUAAUGCAGUUGGGCAGGUAAGGGACGAGGUGAAGAUACAGACAAUCUGUGGGCAUCAUCCGUUUAUAGUGCCGUGUAUCGAUUAUUGGCAAAAUCGUACGAGCAUAUUUCUGUUGUCCAAAUUUUACAGCAACGGAGAAUUAUUUCACCGACUAAAGACUUUCACCGUACGGUUGGUGCAGCUAUAUGUGGCGGAGCUAGCCUUAGCCAUUGAUUUUCUACACAACGCCGGCAUCAUCUAUCGCGAUUUAAAGCCGGAAAACAUACUGCUCGAUGAUCGCUUCCACAUCAAACUGAUCGACUUUGGGCUUAGCAAGUGGCUAAGCAUCGGCAGCCGGACGACCACGCUCUGCGGCACGAUACAGUAUAUGGCGCCAGAAAUUCUGCAUGGACUCCCGUACGGACAUGCCGUCGAUUGGUGGGCACUUGGGGUGUUGGCGUGCCGGAUGUACACCGGGCGGUACCCAAAUAUGGAUCCGACCGAGUACCUAGCGGUAGCGACAUCACCGCCAACGGCUCAACCUUCCUCCGCCUACACGAGUACCACCAUCAACAAUCCGACCAAAGGGGAGCGACUGUUGCCAGAAUCGGUCGAUCGGUUAGUGCCAGAAGGACGCGAUUUGCUGCAGCGAUUGCUUCAACCAGACCCAAAGGAUAGGUUACGGUCGCUGCUGCAGCUGCAACGUAUCGCCCUCUAUCAACACUACCGGUGGGAAGAUGUACGCAGUAUGAAGAUUUCACCGCGCGAUCUGUUUGAUGAUCAGUGCCUGACGGAAGUGGAAGACGUAUCGUUUCCGGAGUUCUAGUGAAAAUCGUGA